GUGAAUACACGUUUUUCCUAGCACCUUCUAAUGGAAAGCAUAAAACAUAGAAAUUAACCUAACUUUGGUUUUCGAGACAACAUAUAAAUGAAGUUCUACGGAACCUUAAAACCUUGCACUAGCCAAAGAGACCAAAUCAACACGUGCUGAUAUACUGAAUAAUAUAAAAAAGAACAGCCAAUAAGCCAAUAAUCAAUUGUGUUAUUUUGCACAAGCUGAUGCCACGCCAUUCACCGGGAUAUAGCAGCAGUGAUCCGCAUCGCAUACUAGGACAAUAAAACUUGGAAGAGAUCAAUGUAUUGUCUACGGUUCAACAUCCAUUAAGAUGAUGACAAGCGAUUUCUGAGCGGGCACAGAGCGAUAAGACUAUCAGGAACUUGCCAUCUUCCUGCACUCGGCGCACAAGACUUUUAAUUGCAGGCCGAAACAUGGAUUCAUACAAUGGGACUAUGAUUUACAAUGAUCUUUCCAAUGUAACAACGUACGACAUUCGAUUGGAGAAUAAUUCCGUAACUCCGUUGACAUGUCCUGAAACGGCGAAUGAUAAUGGAACGGAAUUGACGGGGUUGUACAAAUUCAAUGUUAUGUACGCUGGAGUUCACGGUUAUCUUAGUGUUGUGGUGUGCCUUUUUGGAAUCGUGGCCAACAGUGUUAACAUUGUCGUUUUAACAAGAAAAAAUAUGCUGUCAUCGACAAAUGUUUUACUCACGUGGCUGGCAGUGGCAGAUCUUUUCACCAUGCUGAGUUAUUUCCCCUUUGCUCUUCAUUUUUUCAUUUUUAAAGAACCUGAAUUAUAUUAUUUUACGACACGGUACUUCGGUUGGAUAUGUUUCCUGCUAUUUCAUGCCAGUUUUAGCAUCGUUUGCCAUACUGUAGCUAUCUGGUUAACGAUAGCAUUGGCCAUAUUCCGAUUUUUGUACAUUUGGUUCCCGACAAGGGGUGCGACAUAUUGUUCUCUUGCAAAGGCGAGACUUGCUAUAACCUGUACCAUCGUGUCAACCAUUAUAUGUCUUGUCCCAAAUUACAUCAUCAAUGUGAACGGACAGAUGCUAUAUUGCGAUCCCAAGACAAACACAAACGAAACCAUUCACACCAUUGACUACCGUGUAGGUGGGGUGUUUGGGAUUUUAGAAAAACUAAAUUACUGGGUACAAGCAAUUUUUGUGAAGCUCAUACCUUGUGUGAUGCUUACUAUUCUAACGGUCCUACUCAUUGUGGCCAUGCACAAAGCCUACAAGAAAAGGAUGGCUCUCAAAAAUCAGGGGAAAAAAGACGAGUCGGACAAGCAUAACGAACACAACAGAACAACAAUGAUGUUGUUCACAGUUGUUGUUCUCUUUUUGAUCACCGAGUUCCCGCAAGGGGUACUGACUCUAAUGAGCAGUUUUAAUAAAGAGUACCAUCGAGAAAUUUACGAAAAUUUAGGGAACCUUCUGGAUAUGACGGCUCUGUUGAAUAACUCUAUCAACUUCGUCCUAUACUGCACGAUGAGCAGACAAUUUCGCCAUACAUUCAUUAGUAUAUUUUGUAAGUGUUGUCCGGAUAAAAAGCCCGGAUGGAGAAAAAUGGGAGUCGUAAGUGCGGAGAAAAAUGGAUUUGCUACUGUUACAACACACGUGUGACAUCAUAUAUUCCAAAGACGAAGUUCGUACGGAGGAAAAUCAAUUGAAAUUGCUUUGUGACGACUGGUAUCUCGUAAAAGCAUUUUCACAUUUCCAUAUUUAAAUUUCCUCUCAUCCCUGGAUUAACAUACCCCAGGACAUCGAAAAACUGGUGCAGAGAAAGUGACUGAUGACAAUGCCUAGUUAGUCCAAUGUCUGCGUAUUGCAUUUGAUUCUGAUGAAACUGUCCAUUUUUCACGUGAUAUAGUAAUUACAUUAUAUUUUAAUUUUACUUAACACUAUUGUGGAACCAUAAAGAAAAAUGCAUAUUUUAUAGCGGCCAAACAACUAGACUAUGAUAAUUUAACGUAAAGUAUUGUACUUUAUUGCAAAUUAUAGCAUGUUAUGCAUGAACAUUUUACGUUGAAUCUAAAUUGCUACAUCUAUGGAAGUACACAUAUGGAUUAUUUUAUCAAUAGUAUUAUUUGAACAAACUAAAUUAAUUUAACGUACAUUAAAAUAAUAGUUCGCAUGAUGAGUAAACUUAUUCGUAAAACUCGGUACCGGUGAGUUAAGUUCUUUAUUUAAUAACUAUUAUUAUUAAUUUUUUUUGUAAAUAUCUUUUUUUUUUUUUCAAUGUUUUUGUCUAUAAACUUUUGUACUGAAAUUCUCUAUAUUAAAAAAAUCCCACUUAAGAAAUGCCAAAACUUAUGGCAGUUAUGAGCACGUAAUCUUAGUUCAAACCGAUUUUCAAAAACCAUCUCGAAAAAAGAAUGUGAACACUAUUUUAACGCCUAGUGCAUUCUGUGUAAAAAUAGAUUUUCAUAACAGAUGUAUACAUAAUUGACAUGCUCCUAUUAAUAAUUAAGAAUGCGUUUUUACUCCUCUGACAUAAUUUAAUUCCUGAAAAUACUGAAUCCUCUUACAAUGAUUUAUUUCAUUUUUUUUUAAGCUGAAAGAAUGUUGCCACGAAUGAUUUAUUGUACCAGGUUGUUUUUUGUUCGAUCUCCGAUCUGUUGAUUGUUGAUGUGUGUAACUUUACUUUAUGAAUGAAAUUGUAAAUAUUUUUAGCAAAUCAGCCCCCACACAUAAGUAGUAAAUUGUAUAUACACAUUCUGAUCCGAUGUUGUGUCUCGUAUCUCGGUUCAGUUUUCCUUUUAUAGUUUACAUAUGUAUAACCCUUGGCAAGCUAUUUUUUUCAAAGAUAUAAUUAAAAAAAAUGGAAAUAUAUUUUUUAACAAAAGAUAGAACAUUUAAACUUUUUGGGGUUAGGGAUGGGAUGACUUGGUUUGGAAAGUUAGAGGCAUGUAUAUUCAUAAUUUUCUUUCUUUGUAUUUAGCGUUUUUCAAGUCCGUUGAGUGUUUUUUCUCCUCUUUUCUCUAUUAAUAUUAAAGUUGAAAAAAAUUAAUCUUGAAAAAAAGACCCUUCUUUAGUUAUGAAUUCAUGGUCUAGCCUAAUACAAUGGAAGGUCAGAAAUGGAA